AUGGCGAAGACUGGGUCCCAUACCAGUGCCUACGGCAAGCUCGUUUUUGCUUUUAUCGCAAUCGGUUCACUGACAUACGGUUAUGCUGCGUCCAUCAUUAGCUCGACCAUCGGUCUGCCGGGUUGGUACCUGUAUUUUGACCUCCCUCAGAGUGAAGAGCCUGGUUAUGCCAGCAUAACAACGCCCGUCAUCUCCACGGCAAAUGGCCUCUUCAGCGCUGGCGGAGCGGUGGCCACGCUCAUCGUUAUGUGGUCUUGCGAUGCCUUUGGCCGCAUUCGUAACAUCCAAGCUGCCUGUCUGCUCGGUAUCCUUGGAGGAGCUCUUCAAGGUGGAGCAACCAGCAUUGGGAUUUUCCAAGCGGGUAGAUUCAUCAUGGGAAUGUGUGUCGGCGCUAUGGUCACGGUUUGCCCGAUGUACUUCUCCGAGAUGGCUGAUCCGGCCUCACGCGGCUGGCUGGUUGGUCACCACGCCAUCUUCCUGGUGUUUGGAUACAUGCUUGCGGGAUGGAUUGGAUUCGCUGUCUACUUUGCUCCUCCUGAGUUCAGUUGGCGAUUCCCGCUCUGCUUCCAGAUCCUACCGCCGGUGAUCCUGCUCGCGGGUUCUCCCUGGGUCCCCCGAUCGCCGCGCUGGUUGGCGUCCAAGGGUCAUAUGGAAGAGGCGUAUGAAGUUCUACGGAAGCUGAGGAGAUCCCCCGAGGACCCGAACAACCUGGCGGCGAAGGAGGAAAUGUUCCAGAUCAAGGAGCAGCUUCGCAUGGAUGCCAACAAGCUGUCAGCGUACGGCGGCAACCCUUGGAAGGCCGUGAUCCAGAAGAAGAGCUACCGCAAGCGCAUGAUCAUCGGCUUCCUGACGCAGUGGGGUGCCGAGUUUGGAGGACCGCUCAUCAUCAACAACUAUGCCGUCAUUCUGUACACCAACCUCGGACAAACGGGCUACAUGCCGCUGCUGCUUUCGGCCCUAUGGCUGACGACAGCAGGCAUCAUCUACAACCCGUUGGGGGCAUGGUUACACGACAAGGUCAACUCGCGUCGCAAGAUGUACAUGACGGGAUUCGCGGGUAUCAUCGUCACGACGUCGAUCCUCGCGGCCAUGACGGCUGAGUAUGUCGGCACUACAAACAAGGCGGGCAAUGCUAUCGGGGUGCUGAUGAUGUUCCUGUACCUCGCAAUGCAGGGCACUUUCUGCGACACGACCAUGUACCUCUACGUGUCGGAGAUAUUCCCCACAGAGAUUAGGUCGAUCGGGAUGGGGUGGUCGCUGUUUGGACAGUUCUCCUCGACGAUUAUUCUCCUGCAAACGGCCCCCAUUGGCUUCGCCGAGGCGGGUUGGAAGUACUACCUGGUCAUCAUCUGCUGGAGCGCGUUCUUCCUGCCGUGCAUCUACUUCUUCUGGCCUGAGACUGCCCGUCUGUCGCUGGAGGAGAUCGGCAAGAAUUUUGGAGACGAGGUCGCCGUACACAUCACUGACGCGACCGACGAGGAGAAGGCGCGCCUUGACCGCGAGCUGCAGGACGCUGAUGUGGUUAAGGACAACGGCGUCGUUGUGAGCAGCGAGGCCCAAGGGGCUCGUGGCAGCGAGAGCGUGAGCGAGCAGGAUAACCAGAAGAAUGCGUAG